UUCGUGUAGAUAAGGGAAGAUAAACAACAUAGAUUCAUGUUGCCCAUAACUAAAAUGGCGGCGGCUGGUAAUGCUGCCUAAUGUCAAAGAGUUCAUGUCCUAAGCCUGUUUCUUGCUACAUUGUGUCUGAUGGGGAGAGACUGUGGGUUGAUGGCGGCUGUGCUGAGCAGUGUUUUACAGGGCACAAAGUCACUGGUCCAACACCGCAGACUGCAUGUCACGCCUGUUUUAGAAAAGGCAAAAACAGGGGCAGAGCACAGGUGGUUAGCAAGACAGAACAGUGAUCCUUACGUAAAGGCUGCACAUCGAAAUAACUAUCGUUGCCGGAGCGCCUUCAAACUCCUUGAGAUUGAUGAGAAGUAUAAAAUACUGCUCCCAGGACAUCAUGUUAUUGACUGCGGGGCUGCACCCGGAGCCUGGAGUCAGGUGGCUGUUGAGAAAGUAAAUUCGUUGGGUGAAGAUCUUAAAGCAAGUGUUGGCUUUGUGAUCGGACUUGACCUUCUUCACAUCUCACCGCUGGAAGGAGCAGUAUUACUCUCUCAUUCUGAUGUAACCGACCCAGUAACCCAAAAUCAAGUAAUUGGCCUUCUCCCUUCAGGAAAAGCAGAUGUCAUCCUGAGUGAUAUGGCACCUAAUGCCAGCGGAAUACGAGAACUGGAUCAUCAAAGGCUUGUCAGCAUGUGUAUUUCCCUUCUGGACUUGUCUGACAGAGUUCUGCGCCCCGGAGGCAGCUUCCUCUGCAAACUGUGGGAUGGUAGUGAAAGCAAUUUAAUACGAGACAAACUGCGCCAGAGGUUUCAGGAUGUGAGAAACGUAAAACCCAAAGCCAGCAGGACAGAUUCUGCGGAGACAUUUUUAUUAGCAAGAUUACACAAGAAGAACCCUUCUUCAGCCCCCUAAAACUGGAACUCAGUUUAUCAUAAAGCUAUAUACAUUUAUUUUAUUAAAGUAAUCCUAUAUAAACAAACCGUUCACACCAGCUCUCUCAAUAUAAAAUAUAUUUUCUAACCAUAUUAUAUAUGUUUGUCUAUAAUUAUAUAUUUUUUCCUUUUUGACUGUUUUUAUUCAUUGCUGUUGCAGCAAGAGAAACCACUGAUACAACAAUGGAUGGGUAUAAUAACGUAAGAACGCUUGAAGACCGCUCUGGCUAAUGAUGUAGCUGAAUCAUUUCAUCAAGGCUUAACUUUAGAUUUACUUCAAUGAUUUGGUUUGUAAAUAUAUUAUAGGAAAUCAUUGCAA